GUCACUGCUGUCGCUCUCUGCCUGUGAGUGCCAGCGGUGAAUUGGUCUAGCAUCCCUGCGCAGGCAAUGGGGCGAACGCAGAUGUAAAAAAUAUAUAUAUCAUUAGAAAAUUUAAAAAAGAAAACUUACUGUGAUCGUGGAAGUUUUCGGCGCUGGCAGCUUGCGAUGAGGGAAGGAAAAUACGACAGCCUGGAUUUUGUUUUGCGCCGCUGUGGAGUACGGAGCGUUAUAUUGAGAGAAAUAAUGCGGAAUAUUUCCUCCUGUAGGUGUUAACGCAGAAAAUACAAGAUGAAGAAGCAGUUCAAUCGGAUGCGACAGCUCGCCAACCAAACGGUGGGAAGGGCAGAAAAAACAGAAGUGUUGAGCGAGGACCUUCUACAGGUGGAGAAGCGUCUGGAUCUGGUCAAGCAGGUGACACACAGCACUCACAAGAAGCUGACUGCCUGCCUGCAGGGUCAGCAGGGAACUGAUGUGGAGAAGAGAUCUGUCAAGUCACCUUCUAAAAAACUACCGCUCACAAUCCUGGCACAGUGUAUGGUAGAAGGGGCUGCAGUGUUGGGAGAUGACUCUCUCCUGGGGAAGAUGCUGAAGCUGUGUGGGGAGACGGAAGAGAAGUUGGCGCAGGAGCUCAUCCAGUUUGAGUUCCAGAUAGAGAGAGAUGUGGUGGAGCCUCUCUAUGUGCUUGCUGAGGUGGACAUUCCCAACAUCCAGAAACAGAGGAAGCACUUAGCUAAACUUGUCUUGGACAUGGACUCCGCACGGACAAGAUAUCAGCAGUCAGCCAAGUCAUCCAGUCACCCGAGCACUCUGCAGCCUGGCGCCAAGUCCGAGUCCCUCAGAGAGGAGAUGGAAGAGUCAGCCAAUCGGAUGGAGAUUUGUAGGGAUCAGUUGUCAGCAGAUAUGUACAAUUUUGUGGCCAAAGAAAUCGACUAUGCAAAUUACUUCCAGACACUGAUAGAAACACAGGCAGAAUAUCACAGGAAGUCAUUAGAGAUUCUUCACAGUGUCCUGCCCCAGAUUAAAGCUCACCAAGAGGCGUGGGUGGAGAAGCCGUCGUUUGGCAAGUCUCUGGAGGAACACCUGAAUAUUAGUGGGAGAGAGAUUGCCUUCCCCAUCGAGGCCUGUGUCACUAUGCUGUUAGAGUGUGGCAUGCAAGAGGAGGGCCUCUUCAGAGUGGCUCCGUCAGCCUCCAAGCUGAAGAAGCUGAAAGCCUCCCUGGACUGUGGAGUUCUGGAUGUGCAGGAGUACUCCUCCGACCCGCACGCCAUCGCAGGCGCUCUGAAAUCAUACCUCCGUGAGCUCCCCGAGCCAUUGAUGACCACUGAACUAUAUGAUGAAUGGAUUCAGGCCUCCAACAUUCAAGAUAUGGACAAGAGACUACAAGCACUAAUGGCAGCAUGUGAAAAACUCCCCACAGACAACUUGAACAAUUUCAGAUAUCUAAUCAAAUUCUUAGCCAAGCUGAGUGAGUAUCAAGAUGCAAAUAAGAUGACUCCUGGUAACAUGGCGAUCGUCCUCGGCCCUAACCUGCUCUGGACACACACUGAGCCAAACAUGACAGAGAUGAUGACCACCCUGUCCCUACAGAUUGUUGGCAUCAUUGAGCCCAUCAUCCAGCAUGCUGACUGGUUCUUCCCUGGAGAGAUUGAAUUCAACUUGACAGGCAGUUAUGGCAGCCCGAUCCACACCAACCACAACUCCAACUACAGUUCCAUGCCCUCACCAGACAUGGACCAAUCUGAUCGCAAGCAGCAGCACGACCAGAGCCGACGCCCACUGAGCGUCGCCACUGACAACAUGAUGCUGGAGUUUUACAAGAAGGAUGGCAUUAGGAAGAUACAAAGUAUGGGAGUCCGGGUUAUGGAUACCUCCUGGGUGUCUCGUAAAGGUUCAUCCACACUGGCACGCAAGGCUUCCUCCACCCCUCCAGGCAUGCAAGGCCCCGGCUCUCCUGCAGACACACUCAUCCCCGAGCAGCCUGGAGAGCUCGCCACCUCGCCGUCGGCGACACCGCCACCUGGAGAAAGGUUUUGCUCAGACAACGUGUCGCCCAAUCGGCCGGACACCUCUCAUGCCCACCCACCCCCAGGGGAGGACCGGCCACCCCCCCCUUACCCCACCUCCUCGUGCCACACUCUCCCCCACCACUUCUAUCCCAAACCCCCACCCUGCGCUCGCCCUGUGGCACCGGGUCCAGAGUCCCAGCCCCCCGGCUCACCCCCACCCCCAGUGCGCUGGUCUGGCUUCACUCCCCCGGCCCCGCCCCCUUCCUCUUCUUCCUCCUCCUCCUCCUCGUCGCUUGACAUCAAUUCAAACCCCAAACCCAGCUGUCUGCACUUCCCCAAGCACAGUCCGCCAGGUGACAUGUCGCAUGCCCCCCCGCCAGACACUAAUGCUUCACCACUCUACAUCAAAACCCCCUUGGUACUAACCCGCCAUGACCAGUCCCUUGGCAACCCCCCUAGCCUUCCCUCGUCCGCACCCCCGCCCCCGCCGUGGGCUGCCUGUCCAUGUGCCCGAGAGAGAGGACCCCCCAGGCUGACUAGUUCAUUGAAGAGUAAAGAGCUCUCCCCUGUAAUUGGACACAAAGCCAUCCAGGUGGCAGGUCCAACGGUCCCUCCCAGCAGCAGUCCUCAGAGCAGCAGCCAGUCCCCCCACUCCACAGAGCACAGUCCACACACCCUGCGCAAAGGUUCCAAGAAGUUGGCCCCUGUGCCUCCCAAGGUCCCUUAUGGCCAGUCUGGCGGGAUGUCCGACCAGUCCACAGGUCAGCCGUCACCGGUCAGCCUGUCUCCCACACCCCCUAGCACCCCCUCCCCUUAUGGACUGGCCUGCCCUCCAGGGCAAGUGCCCCCAUCCUCCCCUGGGCAGACCCCACUGGGGGCGCCCCACUCUAUUUCGUCCCCUCCCUCCCUGACCGGAACGCUCACCAAGUCUCGGCCCACCCCUAAGCCCAGGCAGAGACCCAGCCUGCCCCCUCCUCAGCCUCCCACAGCCCCUCCGGGGUUCUCUGGCCUGGCCACGGCCCCAGUUCCCCAGCCCCUGGAGCAGGGCCUCCUGGAUGGACUGUCUCCUGGGGAGAGCAUGUCUACAGAUAUCUUCAAUUAUGAAAUCCCCUCCAUCAAUGUCAAUCUGGACAGCCUCAUCGAUGAGUUCAGCGGUGCCCCCUGCAGGAGGUCCCUCGCAGUGACAGACUCUCCAGAGGGGGAUGCUGUGCCUGAGGAGGAGCCCCAGAGCACCACUCUAUGACCUAUGACCCUAAGGCAUCACAGCUUACCAGCACCCCUAUGGCUGUACAUACUCUUAACUGUCGCCGCCAAGGCCUGAUGGAAACACCAAUUGGCCUCACCAAUGCCCACCUGAAACCAGAACUUGAACCUUCCCUCACAUCUGCUACAGGCUGCAAAGAAACUCAUCUCUUACAAUUGCUCGCUAGUACAUAAAUGUGACUACAAAAAAAAAAAAAACACCAAAAUGCCAUAGUGGAGGAACAGUUGCCUUUAGGAGGAAAGACUGGAAUAUAGAUGAGUAUUACAUUAAAUGAUUUUCUCAGUUUCUUUUUCUUUUUUUUGCUUUGCUUUGUUUAUCUUUGUUAUUUGAUGCAGUGGUCUGUAUUUUCUGUGCAUUUUUCAGUUUCUUUUUGCCUUAUUCGAACAUGCAAUCAAAUUGCAAUUUGAUAUUCAUGAGUUGUACAACUUUUGGUUAGGGAAACUCAGAUCCUGACAUGGUUAGGAGCAAAGCCCAUCCUCAGGGUGAAACAGAGAGACAGAGAGUAAUCUGGUUAUAUUUCUCACAGGGUAUUCAAGCUUUGUGCACAUUAGGGAAACGCUGAGCCCGGCAGGUUUCGCAUGCAAGAUGAAAACAUUUAAUGCAGUGUUGAUUCUUAUUGUCGUACCCCGUUUUGAUUUCCCCCUCUUCUAUCACACAUUACAACUGUAGUUCUUUACCUGACAUUUACCUUUAUGCAGGUGAACUCACUUUAACUCACUUUAUACCAGCACAGUAUGAGAAGAAUGUUCUUGUAAAUUGAAGUUUUUGAACUUGCACCUGUUUUUCAGUUGUGAAGAAAGCACCAAGAUGUGUUUGCAUGACAAGCCAAGAUGACGGAAGGGCCUCAGAGUGGCAGUGUUUUAUUUUGUGUGAGUGUUUUUGUCGUUGUUGUUGUUGUCCUUGGAGAGUAGAUUUACACCACCCACGUGCUGUUACAGUUUUGAUGAUAAUGGAUGGAUGACUACACUGCCUUUAGGUUCAUAUGAUUCUCUCUCUUAACCUUGUUUCAAGUGCUUCAGGUUCAGUGACCUUUGACCCCUAGUGUAAAUACAAAGACUGUACAUAAAUUGAUGUAUAUAAAUCUGAGAGGAAAGUAUAUGUAAAAUGCAUAUCUUGAAUAUAUAUAAUAAUAAUAUAUGUGCUGAUAUUUAUCAUGUGUAGAAAAUGUAAUGAUUAAAAAUUUGAUGUUAUUUUUGUCCCUGCACACAAUGAACAGGUCUACUGUAGAUUCAUAAUCUUUCACGUUGACACCAGGUAACGACGAUGCUGCAGCAGAAAUGCAGAAUGUUAUUUCUGCCAGAAAUCAAUCGUAGUCUUUCUAAUUCUGUCUUUGCUUCUUUGUCUUCAGACAACACUAAUGAGUUACAAUGUCCUAUCUUUUCUUCUUUUUUUAAUCAGUUAUUUAAUAGAUUCCAGUGUAAAUAAGUAGAUCACUUUGACCCUGCUUGGACCAUUUAAUGAAUCCAUAAUGAGGCUAAAUGUAUAGCCCUAAGCUUAUAUUGUUAGACUGACUACAACAAAGUAAAAAAAUUGCUUAAUCAAUUAAGUUAAUCAAAAGUUAAUGUGUAGUCAAUCACUGUCUAAAUUGUUGGUUUUCUCACCACAGUAAUUAGAGGUGUUUCAAAUUCAUCAGAUAACAGAUGCUGCAGUGUCACUUUUUUUAAUUUAAUACAGAAUGUCUUAGGACAAUGAUUUUGUCAAUUUAAGUGCAAUUACAGUGUUUACUGAUCCACCUCAGUUCAAAAAGUGGUCAAAGUCACCCUUCCCAAACUUUCAGAAAAAAAGCCAUUAAUUUUAUUGCAAAGCAAUUAUCAUUUCUUUUUCUUUUCAACUUUGUGUUUUUUUUUUUUGUUGUUGUUGUGUGUGUGCGUGAGUUAACUUCUUACAAACUGAAUUCUAGAUUAACCUCUCUCCAAAAGUGAUCCAUGGUAUGCCUCAGUGUGUGUUCUCAAUGGACUAUGUUUAUGAAGAUUUUUGGUGAUGUUGAUAAUUAUAUUGAUAGCUGUGGUGAUUAUUUGACAAUUGCAAGUGCCCUCUUACACUGGUUGUUAUUUUUGGAACUAUAGGCAUAAUCAAUGUGUACUAGAGGUUUAAUUGUCUGUGCUGGAUCCAUACAUUUAUACGAGGAGGCAGGGGUAUCUCUGAAUGUGACUCACUCAGAUCUCAAACGGUAGGGUAUACCUGUUUUUCUAAUACCUAACAGGAUGAAUGAAAGCUAGUUUUUGGAUGAAGGUUAAUUUGGGCCUGUUGGCUUGUAUUAUUACCAGUACAGGGCAGUAUUACUGUAAUGCUUUUGUGCAUCAUAACUGGAACUUACAGCCACCUAAAAGCAUGCAUUCAUAUUCAUUAUAGGUGUUAUUACUAUGCUGCUGAAAAGAAAAAAAAUGUCUGUAUCCUCCCCCAAAAACAUCAUGAUUUCAUCUCAUAUCUAAUUUCAGCCAGUAAAUGAACUUUACGGCUGUUUUCAAGAGCAUAUUCAUCAGAGCCACCUUUUGCACCUAAGACUACACUGUUACAUAGUUUUAUCAAGCAUUUCAACUACUGUAGGCCUAUAUUUCCUAUCUCACCUCACCACCGAGUAUGUUGGUCUCAAGUAAAGCUCAAUUUGUUUACAUUUUGUCGGGAGGGGGGGAUUUUAAAUGAGAAAAAAGGGAAAAUCUGAAAAAAGUGUCAUGCAUGCGCUUAGAUAGUCUUUUGAUAAUCCACGUUUUGUGUCAAUCACUGUCUUUUUAGGGAUUGUAAGAGGGGUAAUGAAUAAAACGUAGUGAUGGACUCUAGAGAAUGUGGAUCACGAUGAAUGGUCCUUUGUGAGCAAUACGGUAGAGGAGUGGAUGUUGCCUGUGGAUGUACUGCCUCCUUCUGCUUUCACUACUAGUGUACAAACAAAAACCUGCCGCUUGUCAAGCCCACCAUGCCCACCCCUUCCUCCUCUGCUUAGCAUAUCAAGUGGAACACAGUGUGUACUGUGAAGCCUACCUGCAAUCCUUAUCAGAAUGUCAGAAAUAAAUAUAUAUAUUAAACUCUACAUUUUUAAUAAUG